CCACACCGCCCCCUGCAGGACGACGCGCGCCAGCUGUUCGCCCUGUCGGCGGCUGCCGAGGAGCAGGGCAUCCUGCCUGAGGAGCUGUCCAACGUCAUCCAGCGACUGUGGGCUGACAGCGGGGUGCAGGGCUGCUUCACGCGCUCCCGCGAGUACCAGCUCAACGACUCGGCCGCAUACUACCUGAACGACCUGGAGAGGAUAGCCCAAGCCGACUACAUCCCCUCUCAGCAGGAUGUGCUGCGCACCCGAGUCAAGACCACCGGCAUCGUGGAGACACACUUCACCUUUAAGGAUCUGCACUUCAAGAUGUUCGACGUGGGCGGCCAGCGGUCCGAGAGGAAGAAGUGGAUCCACUGCUUCGAGGGAGUCACGGCCAUCAUCUUCUGUGUGGCGCUGAGCGCUUAUGACCUCGUGCUGGCGGAGGACGAGGAGAUGAACCGCAUGCACGAGAGCAUGAAGCUGUUUGACUCCAUCUGCAACAACAAGUGGUUCACAGAGACCUCCAUCAUCCUCUUCCUCAACAAGAAGGACCUGUUUGAGGAGAAGAUCACCCACAGCCCCCUGUCCAUCUGCUUCCCAGAGUACUCAGGAGCCAACAAGUACGACGAAGCGGCGAGCUACAUCCAGACCAAGUUCGAGGACCUGAACAAGAAGAAAGACACCAAGGAGAUCUACACCCACUUCACCUGCGCCACCGACACCAAGAACGUGCAGUUUGUCUUCGACGCCGUCACCGACGUCAUCAUCAAGAACAACCUGAAGGACUGCGGACUCUUCUAGAAGCCUGGUCAGUCGUAACCGGAUCAGGCAGCAGUUCUGGAGCCUGCUGGAGGACAACAAGGACACAUCAUGACCGACCGCUCGGGCACCGGACGCUUCUUCCUGCUUCUAUCAAGGACAUCUCAAGAAUGGACUGAGUGGGGGGGUGGAGGGGGGGGGGGGGGUAGUGUUUGUGUGUGCGUGGGGGGGGACCAAACUAUCACUAAAUCCCAACCAUUAUGUCCUGUCCUCCCAUGAUUGAUUUGAUCUUCGUGUGUUUUUUUUUCUUCUGUUGUAUUAUAGAUAUUUAAUUGGCUAUGGUUAACAUUGUUAUGGAUCUCCCAACUCUGGAAUUAAUCUGAUCAUUCUCUACCUUUAUUGUUUCAAAGUAUUAUCAAAGGUUAGAUAAACAUCUUUUCUAUUCAUGCAUUCACCUACUUUAACAGAUUAGUGCUGCAUAUUAGGAGAUAUUUCAUUGCGUAAAGCUUAUUUUUUAAAGUGAAAAUACAAACCAACAAGCAUGGAGAACAAAAAAUGGAUCGAGGGGAUUUUUAAUGAUGUUUACACAAAGCUGAUAUUGGUAGCUGUACUAUACCGCAUAUGUUCUGCAUGACUGUCCAGACAUGACCAUACGUGUGGGUCUGUAUUCCUCACAAUCACAGUAACAUUCCUUAAAUAAUGUCUUACGAGAAGAAAACAAGAAAUGUACUGUAUCACUUUGAACAUAAUAUCUUAAAGAUUUUUUAAAUUAUAUUUAAUAUAUGUAUGAUCCUAACAUUUCUUCUCUUUUGGCUUUAUUCCAAGUAUUUUACAGUAUGUUUGUGCCUUGAUAUCUGUUUACACCUGUUAUUUCAAAGUUUGCUUUGUCCAUAGUGUG